CCGACGCCGCUCCCGAUUCCGGGGCCCACCGGCGCGCCGAGCCGCCCGCCGACAGCUGUGCCGCUUCCGAGGCCUACACACAAGCCGACCGGUGGCCCGUCGACGCCCCCAUCACCCUCGCCGAGCUCUGAUCCGUCGCACGCCCCGAGCUACUCCCCGACGCAUCCGCCGUCGCCGCUUCCGACGCCGCGGCCAACCGACGGGCCCUCGGCCUACCCGUCGACGCCGCCGUCCUACGCGCCGACGCCAGCCCCAACGAUGAAACCGACGGGCGGGCCGUCCGCGUACCCCACGCCGAACCCGACGCGGAGGCCGACGAAGCUGCCGACGUCGGCCCCCACGCUGACGCCGACCACGGCGAGCCCGUCGGCCGCUCCCACUCUGGCGCCGACGUACGCGCCGUCGCUCUCGCCGAGCGCGUCCAUUCCGACGCCGAGCCCGAGCCCGCCGCCGUCGCUCGCGCCGGAGCCCGCGCCGACGCCUUCGCCGUCCGCCUCCAGCGUCCAUCGCCAGCCGUUCCCCCCCUCCCCUGACUUCGUCUUCCGCAGGUCGACGCCGCCGUCGUACACGCCGACCCCGGCCCCCGAGCCAGCUCCGACGGCUGCCCCGUCGUACACUCCGACGAGCGUGCCCUCCACGGCGAGCCCAUCGGCGAACCCGACCGCGCACAUGCCCACGCCCGCGCCGUCGACACUCCCGACUUCGUCGCCGUACUACAUCGGCGAGGUCGGCACGGCCAUCACGCUCUGCAUGGGCUGCUCGGAGCUGCGUGGAAAUCAAAUCUUCAACUCGACUUCAAUGUGA